GGAGGAGGAGAGAGAAAAAGCGGCGUUUGGCUCGGCACCAUCUUUCCAGAAAGGCGGGCGGAGCCGAAAACCAAACAUCUUCGGAGCGAUUCGGGGCGGGACAGACGGGAGCUGACUUGGCUCCCAGAGCCCAUGCUUUCGGCCGAGUUGGUUUUUUGGUUGUCGGGCCCAGUGGCAAGGCGGUCUGCGGUCGGGCUGCGACUCGCGGAGCAAUGGCGACCUUUGUGAGCGAGCUGGAAGCGGCCAAGAAGAACUUGAGCGAGGCCCUGGGAGACAACGUGAAACAAUACUGGGCUAACUUGAAGUUGUGGUUCAAGCAGAAGAUCAGCAAAGAAGAGUUUGACCUUGAAGCUCAUAGACUUCUCACACAGGAUAAUGUCCAUUCCCACAACGAUUUCCUUCUGGCUAUUCUCACGCGUUGUCAGAUUUUGGUUUCUACACCAGAGGGUGCUGGAUCUUUACCCUGGACAGGAGGCUCUGCAGCCAAGCCUGGAAAACCCAAGGGAAAGAAAAAGCUUUCUUCAGUUCGUCAGAAAUUUGAUCAUAGGUUUCAGCCUCAGAAUCCCCUCUCGGGAGCCCAGCAGUUUGUGGCAAAGGAUCCCCAAGAUGAUGACGACUUGAAACUUUGUUCCCACACGAUGAUGCUCCCUACCCGAGGUCAGCUGGAAGGGAGGAUGAUAGUGACUGCUUAUGAGCAUGGGCUGGACAACGUCACCGAGGAGGCCGUCUCAGCUGUCGUCUAUGCAGUGGAAAAUCACCUUAAAGAUAUUCUGACAUCAGUUGUGUCAAGAAGGAAAGCUUACCGGUUACGAGAUGGUCAUUUUAAAUAUGCCUUUGGUAGUAAUGUGACUCCACAGCCAUACCUCAAGAAUAGUGUAAUAGCUUACAACAAUUUAAUAGAAAGCCCUCCAGCCUUUUCUGGUCCUUGUGCUGGUCAGAAUCCAGCUUCUCAUCUGCCACCCGAUGACGCCGAGCAGCAGGCCGCGCUCCUGCUGGCGUGCUCUGGGGACACGCUGCCCGCGUCUUUGCCUCCGGUCAACAUGUACGACCUUUUUGAAGCUUUGCAGGUACACAGGGAAGUAAUCCCUACACACACUGUGUAUGCCCUCAACAUUGAAAGGAUCAUCAUGAAACUCUGGCAUCCAAAUCACGAGGAGCUGCAGCAAGACAAAAUUCACCGUCAGCGCCUGGCAGCGAAGGAGGGGCUUUUGCUCUGCUGAAUUAGGAUUUGAGGGUGUGGGUCCCUCAGCUAAUUGAUUGAUUAUUGAGAAUUGAAUGUUUUCUGGGUCCACAUUUCAAGGCUGAAGUGUAUAGUGUAUAUAUAACCUUUCCUAUGGAAAUGUGACUGAGUACAUUUUGUGUUGCUACUGUGAAGCCAUUAACAUAAACCUGACUUUGAUAAUGACCCAUAUCUAUGUGUGUAUGUGUGUAUGACUUCAAUUAUGGGAACAAGAACUGACAGAGUUCUGGAGAUGUUUAGGCAUCUGGAGCUUAGCAUCCUAUGGCCUGCAGGUGAGGUGGAUGACAUCCUAGAAGAAAGAAGUUGUUACCACGUAGUCCCCAUGAUCAGUAGGACAUCCACAUCAUAUACUCUGUAUCUAGCAAGUCUACAAUUUUUGCUUUUCUCUUACAUUUUGACUGAAAUAACCUACAAAGUGUUAAAAGUCAGAUACCUCCCUGAGUGACCAAUUUAAUUUUUAAUAGAUAUAGGUAGGCCCCCCAAAAUUCAUCAUUACAACUUACAGAGAAUAUGACUUGGCAAUGCUAUGUUAAUAGACAAAGUCCUUUCUUUGCAUUAAAAAACAAUAAAAGUAAAAAUCUUAAGAGUGCAAUUAAUUAACCUUAUAAAAUGUCCUCCCUUAACUCAUUUCUUUGAUAGCUUCACAAGAGUUAAUAAGACUUCGACUAGCAGGUUCGUCUAUUAAUUAUUCCUAUAGAAUGUUUUAAGAAUUAGUUACAACCAGAUUGGAUUUGUGCUUGGUAAUUCCCAUCUGUCUACCCUUUCAAGUUAUAAAGUGAAAGUAAUACACAUUUCACAGUGUUACUGAUAACUUUUUUUUUGAAGAGGUAUGUUGCUGUUUACUGAAGAUACAGUGUUGGUGGGUAAAUUAGAAUGUAUAGAUGGAUUUGUGUAGGUCUAAAUGUAUAUAUACAUAUGUAUAUAUGGUUAAAUAUUUGGAUCUGUGAAUUUGAUUUCAUACUUUAAAUGUGACAAAUAAACCUUUUGGGAGAAAACAAUGUUUUUGUUUUUUAAAGUAAAUAUAUAAGGAAUACUGCCUUCUACAGAAAUAUGAAAAGCCCUGCUUUAUGAGAUCUUGGCAGACUUUUCAAAAGACUGUAAUAGAUGAGAAAGAUUACAAAGCAGAUUCCAGUUAAGAUGUGCCAUUUCUUCCUUUUGUGAUGUAUGUAUUAAGACCAAAAAGAAAAACAGUUUCAGUUCUUGGCACAAGUCUGAAAAGCUUUUAGAGUUUUAGGUGAGGCAAUAUUCAGUUUUUAAGGUCUGGAAGAAUCUGAACCAAUGUCCAAUGGUUAUUUUGGACUACAAACACCUGCACCCUAAUACUGUCCAGGAAGUAUGUGAUGUGUUACAUUUCAUGGGCUCUGUAGAUGAAGUCAGCCAGGAGCCUCAAUCAUGGCCUGCUUCUCUAGUGGUCUGUAUAACACACAGGAAAGUCCAAACAAAAGAAAAUUUCCUCCUACUCCCUAGACCCUGCCUAAAUCCCUGAAGUCACCUCCCUGGCCCGUUAGGCCUGGUAACAAAGAUCACAGGAUACCAGAGGACUCUUGCCUCAUGUACUUCAGGCUUAAUGCUCUAAACUACUGAAGAGACUGCUCUCUGCUAGUUUUCCUCAGGAAUCCACUUUCUAAAGUGGGGAGAUGGGGUUGAGGGCAGGUCAAGAAGGUAGAAAAGAGUAAUAUUGAAGAGAAUUUUCAAGAGAGCUCCUGAAAGGGACUUGAACUCUUCUGUCACCAAAGGUUGGCUCCAACUCCAGCUCCACAGCCAGCUGGGAUCCUCAGUACAGUCUCUUCUGUAACAAAGUUCCUAAGAAACCCUAAGUGUUGUUUUAUUAUCAAGAAUUAGUUUUAGAAAAUAAUUGUUUCAGUGAGGAAAAAAGUGGUAGAAACCAGGUAAUUUCAAUUGGGAUAAAGCUUAUUUUUCCUAUAGGAAUUUCAGUAAUAACUGCCUUUUAAACUUACUGCCUUCAAGUCAAUUCUCAUAGUGACCCUACAGGACAGAGUAGAACUGCCCCAUGGGGUUUCCAAGCAGCAGCUGGUAGACUUGAACUGCCACUCUCUUUGGUUAGCAGCUGGGCACUUAACCACUGUGCUAUAGGGGUAUCACUGCAAAAACCAGCUUUCACAAGGCCUUACUUUGCUGGACACCAUGAGGACCUUCUCAGCACAUAUUCUGAACACCUUUAGCAUAUAUUGUGAUCAACAAAGCACAAAGCUCCUCACUCUUCCUCCCCUCUGUUGCCUGAAGCGAUUGAUCGAGAUGUUCCUGAUCAGAUUUCACAAAAUUGUCUUCUGAUUACUCUGACCAUAGAUAAACUGCCUGUGUCCCAUCAUGUCUUCAGCUCAUACCAGAAUGCCUCCGGGAUAUAAUGGGCAAGGAAGCUUGGUUUUAGGGGUUAGACUUAAGAGGGUAUGGCUAACAAGUUAGUUCAGCAUUUAAUUCUGAUGGCUUAAAAAGGAAAAAGAAAUGUUUAUUCUUGGAGAGUAGACUACUGCCUAUUUGAGUCUAUGGGCAUGGUGGCGUCCCUGGGUGGUGCCAAUGGUUA